AUGACUCUGCUAAGGACAUGUGGAUACAGGAGUGUGAUGUGGCUGAUGCUCCUCUCUGUGGUUUAUGGGAACAACAUGAGUCAACACUUCCAGGAGGGGCAGUCCUGCCGGCCAGGUAGGCUGUCCUGACUGCGUACAAGUAUCUUUAUAUGGCAAGAAAAGUAAACCUGCAUUUGUUGUAAACUAUUAGACUUUUCAUGUUUCCCAUGUUUUGGUUUGUUCCUCUCCUGGAGACAGUUAUAGGCACCUGUUGCAUUAAAGUUUGCAGCUCUUAAACCUGGGUGUUUAAUCCUCAUCAGUGGUGACAGUAUCAUCUUUUUUCCCUGAUAGGAUUUUACUGUCCUUUGGGAAGCUUUUCUCCAAUCCCCUGUCCAAAAGGAACCUACAGGCCCUCUGCUGGUGCUGCGUCUGUAGACAGCUGUUUAAAGUGUCCUCCUGAGCACUACUGUCCUCGCCCGGGCCUGUCUGCCUGUCUGCCCUGUGGCCCUGAGGCUCAGCAGCCUCUUACCGGUCAGGACACGUGUGUUUGCCUGGGAGAAGGACAGCAUUUUCAGGUGACAGGCUUUUUUUUUUCUUUUGCAGCAGGAUCGACCUAGUAUGAGAAUGUUUGUGUGGACAUGUAGUCCUGGCUUUUAUAUUGACAUUUCCCAUUGUACCAGUCACCUACUUUUUUUCUGUAAUCUCGUGAGCUGAGUCAUUAUUCUAUAUACGCUCAUAAAGGACAACUCUAAUAUCUCACGCACAUGAUUUUUGUAUACAGAAAUACGAGAGUGGCUUCUUUGGGAAACUUUGUACAGAACAAUCUCUAGCUCCAGGCUGAAAGUGGAGGAUCAGGUUCCCUCGCUGAAGUAUACAGUUUCCUUCUCUGUGACUGCCUGCAUGGGUGUUGAGCCCUCCACUCAACAUUAGAAUAAGGAGAGUGAGAUUUUUCUGGCUGUUGCAUAGGGAGAAGAAAAGGAAGUCAGAAGCGGAACAAACAAAAAAAGACAGGAAGAUGAACUUGAUUGAAGUAAGAGAGGGAGGAAAUGGGUCAAUGCAGUAAAGAACUUAAACCACCACAUCUUAAAUCAGCUGCUUUCUACAACAAAAGCCAACAAAAAGCCACAAAGAAAGAUGCGACAAUCAAAAAGGGGACAAUCAAAAAGAGGGAAACUAUAGAGAUAGAGUAAGAAGGGGAAAAAGAAAGGGGUUUUUUGUUUGAUCAUCAAGUACAAAAUUACUGAUUCAAUAUGAAAAUCUGUCAGACAUAUAUCUUUAAAUAUCUAUGACAUAGGGUGUUUGGGAUGUCUGCGAUUUGUCUGAGAAUAAAUUGAUCAGUAUUAAUUGAUGAGCCAUUUACAAGUUAAUGUUGUACAAUAAUUUUGUAAACAUGUACCAAACAUUGCAAUUUGCUUGAACAAAUAAAAACAUUUUAAUUCGCCAUGAAUGACAAACUAACUGUUCAGAGAUAGAGGGUGCUGUUUUUUCAGAAAUAAGCCCAAGAGAAUGAGAACCUUUGACCCCACCUUAACAUUUUGUUUUUAUCUUGAGUUAUAAUUUUGAUAUUGAUUAUUACAUGAUUAGUUUACAUGAACCUGAUAUACUUUCCAUUAUGUUAACAUAAGAAUAAGAAUAACUUUAUUGAUCCCUGAAGGGAAAUUCAAUUGUCUGUUGUCUCAUUUGUUAUGUCAAUCUAAAACAUGUCACCCAGUCCAAUAACUUUCACUUAACUUGUCACUUCCAACACAAUAUUGUGAGCUUCCUUCCUUUCUCUAGUUUGUAUACUAAAUUUGUAAGACACUGUCAUUGCUUUCUUUUCUUUUAUCUGUAAAAGGAUUUUCCAGGCUCGAGAGUUAAUACUUUACAAAAAAUUCUGAUUCAAAAGUCAACAUUACAGCAUUCUUUAUGUUAAGAUUUUGACUAACUGCUCAGGUUUGCCACACAAAAUCACAUGUAGGAUGACUUUGCAGUAACUUAGCGUUUCUCAGGUAUCCUGUUUUGCGCACUUUUUUAAGCAUGGCAGUGAAAAGGUUUUCAGUAAAAUAGUAAACACUACAGAGAUGCAGAAGAAGCAAAGAAGCAGAGUGAUAUGGUCAUUAUACAACAGUCAGGAAGCGUGUUUCUACAUACAUGUAAAUGCAAAUAGAGAAAGUUAAAAAUGAGCUAAAACUAUUAAGAAAAAAAUAGAUCAAUGAAGAAAGAACAGAGAAGGAUGGAAUCACAGAAGGAAAGGAAAAGGGGGAAGGAAAGAGGAGAGGAAUGAAAGAAAGAUACAAGGAGUCAAAGAAGGAAAAGGAAACAAGGAAAGAAGUGAGAAGGUAGGAUAGCUAGACAGACGGACAGACGGACGGACAGACGGACAGACGGACAGACAGACAGACAGACAGACAGACAGACAGACAGACAGACAGACAGACAGACAGACAGGCAGACUAUGUUCAGGCUAUAAAUGGAUGACCAAACUUGCACAUUAGGUAACACUGUGACCACUGAGUGAACUGUUGGUGGAGUUAUACAACUCCCUGCGUGAACCCUCUUGCCUCUCCUGCAGACCAGCGACGGGCAGUGCCAGUGUGUCCUCGGCUACCGGCUCGCCAACAAUGGAGAUGCAUGUUUACACAAACUGUAUGAUGCCUGCAGAGAUGGGAAAACUCGCACCCAGUAUGGAGACUGUCUGGAUAAACACCAGUGGUCCCUUCACUGCAAGGAGCAGGUUAGGCCUUUCGCUAUAGCAACAGGCACGUGCAUCCUAUAGACAAGACAUAACAAGAAACUCACACAGAAGAUCUGUUUGAGUGAACUGAUACAACUCGACAAUCGGAGGUACAGCUAAUGACUAUGACCCAGGUGUCUUUGCCCUUUCCUCCAUGAACCUCAGUGGUUUUAUCUGGUACAGACUUGUAUCAGUCACACUUAAUGUUUAACUAUGAAGGGCUUCCUCUAACUGUUUGUUAGAAAGGACUUCAACUCACUUUUUUCCAUGCUGUGUUUAUUUUUGUCUCUGCCCUCCACUGGUACAAAUGACCUUACACCUAGUUACACACUUAAAAAAGAUAAGCUUUAAAGAAACACAUCCAUGCAAAUAAUAUCUAUAGCGCCUUCUUAGCUUUGCAUUGGUUAUUUUCAUACAGGUGUGUCGGUCUGCAGAAGACUACAGAGGGUAUGAUGUAGAGCUGGGCCUGUGUAUCUGCAGAGAGCCUCCUGGAAGAGCUGCAUGUGGGGGCCUAUGUAGUACAAGACCAGCUACUCAGCUGCAGCUCCGAUGUGGGUCUAAUGGUGAAAUUGAGUUGGUGUUGAGCUAUGACAACCAGGUGAGCAUACAGUAUGGAUAAACAAAGAGCAUAUGCAAGUGUAUGAUAAAAAGAUAAAGUAAAGUUAACAUUCAUUUUUAGUACUUUGAUUUCUAUAGAGUUGUUGCACAGACUGUUUUUGAAGGCUUGCAUUGGGUCUCGUGUUGCAGUGACCUAUUCAUAGAAAACACAGUUAUUGUGUGUGUGCAGGUGUCAGCCAUAUCAGGCAGCCUGGUGGAGAUGCUUUUCAAACAGUGGGACUCCCAGGGGACUCUCCAGUGCAAUAGCCAACACAACUCAUCACGCCCUGUGUAUAUUGUUCUGGCAACAGGUUAGACACACACACACGCACACUUGACUGAAAACACACAAUUUCUGAGAUGGUCUGUCUGGCCCUACAUCUCUUAGACUGUUUUGCGUAUCUCAUCUUCUCCUCUGCAGAGACAGGAUUUCUGGGUAUGUUUAACAGCCUCCCGGAGGAGCUUCAGCAACUGUUUCCUGUCGUUCAAAGCUCAGCUGGUUUGUCACAAUCUAACGAUAUUCCUACAGAAUAAAGACAGGAUAAAGAUGUCUUGGCAACACUUUAUUUGACGCCUAUCUCUAUAACACAUCAUAAAUAUAUUAAUAAUGCAUUAUAAUCAUGUUAUAGCACUGUAUAACUAUAGUUAUAAACACUCAUAAAUGAUCAUAAUGCUUUAUAGCAAUAAUCAUAACACAUUAUAAAGCAUUUUAUCAUGACUUACAAGGUCAGGUAUUAUAAUGUGUUAUAACUGUGACCAACAGUUGCAUUGCAUUAUCUAUGUAGGCAUUGUCAGUGAGUUGUUAACAGUCAUGAUAAAAUGCUUUAUAAUGUGUUUUGAUUAUUGCUAUAAAGCAUUAUGAUCAUUUAUGAGUGUUUAUAACUAUAGUUUCACAGUGCUAUAAUACAUUAUAUAUAUUUAUAACGCAUUAUAGAGAUAGGUGACAAAUAAAGUGUUACUGAUGUCUUAAUGCGUUUCCAUCUUUAUAGCCAAAUCACCAUAGCAACAGUGGACAUCCCAAAGCAUUUCAGGAUGAUGUUUAUAAUCAGUUUCAAACAAUUAAUCUAAACAGUAAUGGAGAUCCUGUUUUACUUGUUUUAGGAAGUGAUUCUAGUAUUAUCUGGGAUUUCAAUGAAGUUGAAAGUAUAAGCCAUGGAAGAGAGAGCAAUUUCAGUGGAAGAAAAGGAAACAAGGGAGACAUAAGCGAGAGAAGUGAAACAGGAGUUCUGAACCCCACAACAUGUCUCCAUCUGGGUGAUAUUUUGCUCUUCACUGUUGACACACGUCACUAUCCUCAGUAUGAUCUGUGAGUCUAAUAAUGUGUGCUCAAGUCUAAAUGUAAGCUUAACGUUAGGUAUAUUUUGAUCAAAAUUCAUUCCCGCCCUUGUGUCUUCCAGCGAUAACUUAUACAACACAAACAGCGACUUCGACUGGGGGGCGUUCAGAAAGCUGGAGGAGGAGCUGACUCUGUCCUGGACUCCCCCCAGCUUCUUCUCAGUGGUCUUUACCCAACCUGGGGUUUAUGUUUUUACACUGAGCAGCCACCAGCACAAACAUAUGGUGACUAAAUUAACCUUUUAAUGCCUUUUGUAUCAUAUUUGAUACAUACCUUUAUAUACUUCUAUCAAAUCAAUAUGAUCAACAAGAUACUAAAAAAAAAACACCUGAAUACAGUCCGAUAAAUGAUAAAAAUAUCCUCUUGUGGUUUAUUAGUUUCCAAAAACAUCUAAUAUCAAACGAGAUAAAUAAAUAUAUUUGUUAAAUUUUAAGGACAUUUUGAUUUUUUUGGUUUUCAGUAGUAAGUGAAAUAAACAUUUCAGCUGGUGUCAGGCAUUAAAGGGCUACAGAACUAAUACAGGCUUAAAAAUACAAUUUAAUACAGACAAACCAUGAGUUGUUUCCUCAUAAUGUAUGCUAUUUAAAUUUGUUUUUUUGCGCUCAGUAUGUGCGGGUGAUGCCUGCAGGGGGCCAGUGUUAUGAACCAGGCCCCUUCUUCCCCACACUUCCUCGUUAUAUGACUAGAAUGGGAAUCAGCAGGAGGCGCAACCUGCUACUGAGGCCUGACUGGCUGGUGACUGGAGGACUGGUGUUUGGAGCUGUUGUUAUCCUCUGCAUAUGUGUCACACUUUUGGUCAGUGCGAAUACACAAACUCAUAUUAUCACAUUUAAAGUAUAUCUAAAAAAACAUAGCCAUCCAUCCCAUGUGUAGAUCCUGUUCCGUGAAUAUGGAUGGCCUGAGAAGGAGCCAAUCAGAGCGCGGUACCGCUUGCUGCAGUCAGCCUAUCACAUGGACGACUACUCAUCAAAAGGUUCAAGGGUGGUCUCAAUCAGGAAGACUCAUCGAAACCAACAAGCUCGAAUGACUCAAGGCUCCAUUCAACCAGGUGCACCACACACACACACACACACACACACACACACACACACACACACACACACACACACACACACACACACACACACACACACACACACACACACACCUUCCCACCAAAGCUUAUUCAUUUGAAAGCCUAAAGGCCAGCAUGUUACAUAACUAACAUUCAAACAUAAUCUGCAACACGCCAACGAAUGCCACACACACACUACAUAUCCACAGAAACACCCUGCUGACUCUUUGUUGGUCUCUGAGACCCCGGCUUACUCUUAUGUAACACUGACACUGACCCCUGGGCGUUUCUCCCACCUGACCAAUUACAGUUGAAAAGGCUGCUGUCAUACACCUGACAUCACGUGCAGGUAAAAUGGAAACAGUCCAAAUGUCACAGGACUCAGGAAAUCACCUCAAAUGACAUAAUCCUGCGAUAACAUUUUACGAUGGCGGUUGUUGCCAUAAUCCAUUUGGUGUUGUGUAUCAUAUUAUUUUUCCAUACUGCCCAAAAAAAGACACAAACUGAUUUUAACACUCAGGAACACACAAAAAAUUAAGAUUCAUCUGGGUUUGUUAUUGUGAUUGACAGUCAACUACACUCCCUUUUAAAAACCCACUCAAGGGAGCAGGAAAUAGAUCUAACAUUUGACUCACCUCUCGCCCUGUCUCUUUGUCACCCUCUUUAUGACAGUCUGCACUGAGACCAGUGAUGAAUUCUGGGAUUAUGAACAUCAGGUGGAUCUGGAGGCGUUCAGCAGCAACACCUUUUAUAGCCUCCUUCUCAAGCAGAGUCUAUCUGUUACCACACGACUGGGACAGCUCACCACUGAGGUCCUUAUUCCUAAUUUUGGUGCAUUUUCAAUGUAAAAUAAGUAAAUGUGUGUAAAGAUGAACAUAUUCGUCUCUUUGUCCAAAACACAAACUACAGUUUAUGAAUUAUAGACGAUGCCAGAGGCCUCCUGGAACAGUUAAGACACUGUGAUGUUCAUUUAUAACACCAAAAUCACUUCGGAUAAAUGCAGACUUGUUGUUACACUGCUCUAGCGACAAAGAUGUGAGGAGAGAUGGCACAUCUUAGUUACCUGUGCCAUAACAUUUUUGCAGUCCCAGCAGUAGUAGUUGUAGUCUAGCUGGCAGCAUUUGGGUGGAGUCGGGUGUAUGGUCUGAUUUAUACUGUCAGAUAGAUGUUUGAUUACAUGUGUGUGUCUGUGUGAGUCCAGGUGAAGGAGCUCUACCAAGGAGUGCUCGGGAAACUGCAGGUGCUCCACCCACGCAUGAUCACAGAGGAAAGGAUGGGGGAGAGUAAUGACAGCAUGAGGAGAGAGGUGGAGAGGGAGGUGGUACGACGAAAGACCCUGGCCUCACAGCUUGUGACUCUGCUUGACAGUCAGCUACAGGUUCUCAGCCGUACAUCUCCAUUAUCCCUUUGAAAAACACACAAAAAAUCUACAUUACAUGAUCAUUUUCAGUAUUUUUAAGCAUUUCUUGCUUUAAAUGUAACCUAAUAACUCAUGCUUGUAAAAUAUGCUGUAUUGGUCAGUUAUUUCUCAUUUCAUAUGCACAAAAAUCAGAAUUAUGCACACGAUUCUGAAACUUCAAACUUUUGUUUCAACAACACAACAACACAAUUCCACUAUUCUCACAUAAAUAUCACUCGAUCAAACAGUGAAUCAGUCCUCAUUUAUACAGCACCAUUUCACAGCAAACAGAACCGACAAAAAAAGCUAGUCCAGACGAUACUCUUCAUUUAUGUUACCAAACACUCAACACCAAGAUGGGAUAAGACCGAGCCCCAUCUUGCGAGACCAGACCCCAUCUUUAUCUACCAAGAGUGUAGCACACAGUAUAGGGACACAGUUACAGGCAGAAAACCUGAGCAGAACCAGACUCAUGAUUGCUGAUUCAGUGUUGGGAUUAGAGAGGGGAUAGAGUGAGAUACAGAGAUAGAGAGACACACAAUAAUGACAAAAGUACAUACAGACUAUCAAAAUAAUGAAAUCAACAUGUUUACUAUUUAUAAAAACAGUGUGUUUAUGAUAAUAGUCUGUAGCAGUAAUAGUACUUGUAAUGAUGAAGGUUAGGUAAAAAGUGGAGGUUGGAAUUUGAUCAGUUGAAGCAGAAAGAUUAAAAAAUUAUAUGGAAACAAUGAGACUAAUGCAUUUAGUUGAAACAGCAGGAAGGAAGGGAGGUCACAGCAGCAAGAUAUUAUCAUACAUCUAUUAUUAUUCUAAACCCCAGAUUUGCAAUUAUUUGAGUCAGUUUUUCUUAUUUGUGCAGGUUUUGAGGCGAGAGCAGCAGGCUCAGCUGAGAGUCUACAGUGCAUUCACAUCCCAGCUGAGAGAGUACAUGAGACUGCUGUCCAAGCUUCAUACCAGCGCACAGCCACCCUGUGAGCCACAACAACAAAAGUAAAACUUCCAUCCACUCUUUCACAGAUGCCACAAAUAACAAAAGGUCUCAGUUAAUCCCCCUUCAUUCUCAUCUUCAUCAUUUUCAGUUUGAUCCAGAGACUAACUUCCCUGGUGGAUGAGAUGGGAGAGCUAACAUCAGCAGAGUGUCAGCGUCAGGGUGCCUGGGGGCUCCUGGGUGAGGGCACAGGGGCCAAGCUGCUCUGCCCAGACACUGGAACAGUUCUGACCAAAAACCACAUCUUUGGUGAGGCCAGCACUUCUAAAUUACAUUUACCAAACCUCUUUAGUCUGAAUCUUGGAGACACAGCACCAUCUGCUGCUAGAAAUACAUACUGCAACCAUAAGAGAGCUGGAGUAAGAGAAGGAAAUGGCACCUUUACAAGCCAGGUGCCUUGUAGUUGACUUAAAAAAAGGAAUAAAGGUUUUUAAGUACAGAUAAUAUUCGAUGGAAAGGUGACACGUGUACUUUAAUUAUAAAAAUGACAAGUUUACUCUUGAACUGCAUUUUUAUACCUCCUCAAUCUUCCCAAGAAGAAAAUCACAUUAGAGUAAGCUCUUCGCAUGAUGUUUGACCACACUUCUAUAUUAAAACAGCUGAAACAAUCAAAGAUAUCUGUAUUUUGAAGGUCCCUUUUGUUCACUCCUACAUCCUUUUCUUCACUCCAGGUCCUGAUGGGUCCCUCCGCGCCUGUCAGGCUCUUCAUUAUGAUUCAGUUACAGGCCUAAUAAGGCCAAACACCCACAGCCACAUGCUGCUGAACAGCAGCCACACCAUGGCAGUUCCCCCUGAAUUCUUUCUUCACCCUCAGACUGGGAGGGUCAUGCCCAUCGCUGGCAACGUCUCAUACGAUCCUGCAAGCUCCACUUUAGUGCUCACAACUGACACAUGUACAGGUAACAUGGAGGGUUAUAAAUAAAAUAGUGUAUAAAAUAAUAUAUAAUAAUAAUAUUUUUUUUGGAUUAACCCGUGUUUUCUUCCAUAUUCAGGAGACAACAGGACGUGGGACAGUCCUCUCCUUUCUUUCAUCCCCUACCCAACCUCCCGACACUCAGACCAGCCUCUGUCCAGCACUCGGCUCAGAGGACUCAGACCAGGCCAGAGACUGCAGCUCGGUGCAACCAUGGCAGACCCAGACACUGGGGUCCCGGUGCCUAUUCUUGCUGUAACAAUUCACCCACAAUCUGGACUAGUUUACCCACUAGGAGGGGUGCAUGUCUGUCCCGUCACCCGUUUACAGCAGCCCAUACAGAUCGGCUAUCCCAUGUUGGACUCCAGGACAGGGAAUCUGGUGCUCACUGUUGGGGUCAGUCUUGAUCCAGUAACAGGUCAGUACAGGAGAUUCUUCAUCACGCCCUGUUUUGAUUAUCACCAUGAGCGUGUUUGUUCUGUUCUGCGUUUUUUCAGGAGGUGUGCUGCCAGUAGGAGGAGUUCUGUUGGGUGAGUCCUUCAUUGAACCCCUGAGUGGGCGAAUGAUGAAGGUAGGAGGGGCCAGCACAAGAGCCGGGGUGCUAUUACCUAAUGCAGGAGGGUACCAAGCUUUGCUAGACACUAAGGUACUUUAUAUUGCUUUUUGAAAAUUGAUUUUGACAUGUUCAGAUACAUUUUAUUAUUUAUUUCAAGGAUGAUAACUUCACUGCUUAUCCCCUGUAUGUAAUUGUUCCAUCUGUUUAGACUGAAACAGAACUUGUUGAACUCAUAAUUCUACUUUGCAGCUUCACUUUUUUGCACGAAACAGAUAAUAUCUGAUUCACUGAUGUAGUUUUUCUCUAAUAAAGAAUUUCCUUCCAUAGGUCCUGGCAGUGAUGUUUAAAGUAUUGGCCCUUCUGAAGCCACUAACUGAAGAGUGGGGAUCAGACCCCGCUCUGCAGCGGUGUCAGAGCAGUGAGAGAGGAAGUGGUCAACCUGAUCAUCUUCUUGCUGCAGCCAAGGAGAUCCAGCAGGCCUGGCGAAAGAGUCUGCACUGCCAGCUGCAGCUGCAGACCAGGUUAGAAAUCCUGCUGGACUGGGCUGUGGAUCUCCAGCAACAUGGAGGGGCUCUGGGUGGGUAAAUGCACUCAAGAAACCACAUUGUCUUUUUUAUUUAUCCCCCACUCAGUACUCCGUGUUAUGGGAAAUGCUAUCUUGUAUUCUGUCUUCCACUUUGCAUAAAAUUAUCCUAAUUUUGUAAAGUUCAUUAGCCUCAAGGAGAUCAUGUUUUUACCUCACAGAUUUCAUUUAUGACCUUUCUGCAUCGUUCUCCCUAGAAAUGAAGCAUGUGACCCAAUUAUCCCUCACUACAAAGGCACAAAUCCUUAUUCUUUCUGUUAUACCAUAUGUUACUCUGACCCAGGUGUAUUAAGCUCUCUUGGAUAAAGCUAUUAAAUCCAUUGACUUUGGGUAUAAUUCCUGAGUCAUCGGCCUGUAAUAUUACCUUUUUGUAUCAUAAAGUAUUAAGUUUAUUACAAGGUUCAGUUUUAAAUUUUACAAGUGACCCUGUCAAAUGACCUUAACACUGACAUUACAUUGUUACCUUAUUCUGUUGUUGUCUUAGUUCAUAAUUCGUCAAUAAUCUAAUGUUGGUACAGAAGUAUUGUACCUUUACUGGUGGCUGUAUUUCUACACAUCUGUCAUAUCUGCCAUCAUGAAUUUGCUUCACUGUCUAAUUUUUGCUCCUGCACCUUUAUAAUCCUGUGUGCUGGCGCAACAGCUUAUUAGUUUUGCUUCUUACAUCAUAUAAUGCGAUUUACCAAAUGUACUGUUCAUCAACGAUCCUCUGUCAUGACUGUUUCUGUGUUUAUUUUUACAUUGACCUUUAUUCUAUAGUUGUUAUUGACUCUCAAGCACUUCUACACUUCAAUUUUGCGCCUCUUUCGAGUUUAUCUAACUUGUGCUUGUAUUACAGCCCCAAAGAAUUGGAGGAAUACUUGACAAAAUAAAUGUUUACCAUUCUGUCAGCUCAGUUUCCUCUAAUCUAACCUCGGACUUGUCCUGUGCUGCUUUGUCUAGGUGAGAUGCCUCUCACAGGCUCAGAUAUAUGUGUACCUGCAUUGCUCGGGUUCGAGUACCCUGACCCUAUGGGGUCUGGUCUCAGUGUACCUGUGCUGGGAUGUCACACUGACCUUGUUUCUGGGAUGGUGAUACCAUUGGCAGGAACCAUGGAGGACCCAGAUGGAAAAGGUGCUUGAAAAUAACAAGUUUCAUGCUCACUGGGUACUUCUGUCAGCCUACAAAUUUGAGUUCACCUCUGUCUGUGCUGCAUUUCAAAGGCCUGGUAGCUAUCCGCUAUGGAUCUCAGACUGUGGAUCCAGUGACAGGACUGUUGGCCCCGGUUGUUGGAGCUAGGCUUGAUGCAUCCAGAAAAACUGUUGUUCCUGUCACAGCUUCCUACUGGCAAAUGAUACUAGAUCAAAAUGACAGUCAACAGGUGAGAAAGCUAAUGAAAUGUAUACCUAAUAAAAAACUACAUAAACUACAGAAACUCACUCUUGCAGCUUUUUGUCUGGCUGCAUUGACAAAGAAUAUCAUGAAACUAACUUUUCUUUGCCGCUGUUGUGUGUCAGUUAGAGGCGCUGCAGAGAGAGGUGUGUGCGAGAAACACUUUCUGGCAGCAGCAGAGGCAGCGAGAGGAAGAUAUCCUGUCAGAUCUUGACUCAACUCUGUCCCAUUAUCUCUCUAAAGCCACAGAGGCAACCGUGAAUAAGGUCAGCUAGAGUUUUGACUAUAAAUAUCAUUGCAUAGCUUCACCUCGAACUGAGUCUGUGGUAUUUUUCUGUAAAUGUUAGCGGUAACUGCAUUGAUGAGAAAUUCAACCAAAGCCUGUCCCAGCAGAUGUGAAUUGAAAGUUAACAAGUUUGUAAUGAGGUUUUUGUGGGCGAACUGCACAGUUGAACACUAUGACUGCAUGUGCUUAGCACACAGUGCUUUUGUGUCUUAAAUUGAGUAUGCAAGUUUGCCUACACUUUUUCCAUUUUCCGAAUGUAAGCAUGUGCUCUGCUGUAGGUGCAGUGGUCAGGGAGGCAGCUUAGGGAAGCAGCUGUGGAGCUGCAGGAUUCAGCACAGUCCGAGACCCAAAGGAGAGCAGCUCAGCAAUCGCACUUGGCUCUGAUCUUGCCUCCGCAUGUAUUACACAUCCUCACACUGGGUAAAAUUGGCUGGCAAGCUUGCAGAAAAGCAUGAAGGAAGUUACACCCGUGACCUGCAUUAUGCUUUUGUUCAUUUCUCUCUGGAGGAGAGAGACACAUGCUGCCAGUGGCUCCUAUCACACACCCCCAGUUGCACAGCAAUUUGCAUAAUUUCAGUAUUUUGUUUUGGCUGGUAGAGUUUCUUCGUGUGUCUCUGUCUGUCUGUUUAGGUGAUGAAGAGGAGUGGGAUCAGCAGCGUGUUUUUCACUCAGAGCUCAUAUCAGGCCUGGAGAAGGUGGAUGUGUGCAUGGAGCAGCUGCAGCAGGACCAAGAAAAGUGGGCAACGCAGGGACACAGCCAGAAUCCAGCUCUCCAUACUACGGUCUAAAUAAUGGCUCUGUAGUCUAUUUUUGUCCCUGUGGUUAAAUGGAGGACUGACAUAGCUGGUUUUAAUGUCCAUCCUCCGCUCAGAGGAAAUGUAUCAGUCUCAUGACGCUAUAGGGAGCUUUGAAUGUCCAGUAAUUAAACUUUAAUGUGAGCUUUGAGCUGUGAGGUACAAUUCCAAGCAUCUUUGUCCUAAUGUAAAUAAGAACUUUAUGCUUUCUUUAUCUGUCCUCCAGGAUACAGACAUGAGGCAGAGAGAAUUAUGGGAGCAGUUUUGCUCUGUACAGACAGAGUUGGAGGCUGCUGUUGAUGUGCUGCGGUGUGCCAGACACUUCUCUCAGCUCCGUUCUGACACUGCUCAGGUCAAACCACACACUCGAACAUAAUAAAAUUUAAAAUAUGAUCCAAGGAAGUUUUUCCUUUUCAUUUUUAACUCUUAACAUCAGCACUCAGUUGAAGAAAUUUCAAGCUAAUGGUGCUUCACUGUUUGAUUAUAGAGGGUUGCUGAGAAUGGGAGAAAUGUUGUUUUUCUGGGCUGCAUAUUUCUGCUUGUCUUUUUUAGGCGGUGGUGUGUGGGGACUUUUGGUACAGAGAGUAUGGUCUGGUUCAGUGUAGUGUGCACAGACACCACGUGAAGCUUGUGGGUUUGCUCCGGCAGAGGGCUUUUCCUCUGCUGCAAAGACUAAACCAGGUCCUGGAGGACAAACAGCCUGCCAGCUUCUCCCCCAACACCUGCUAUCAGUUUGUCUCUGGUCAGUAACAAAUGCGAGUAAUACAUCUACAGCAUGACAGGGGGCACUAAAGCAUGUUAGAGGGCUGGCAUAAUGAUUUACAGUCCAUAUUUUUUGGAAUAAAGCUCAGCUGCUCACUGAUAAUGACAUUUUUGAUAUAGCUAGUAAACUGUGCUUUGAUUUACAGAGUUGGAGGUUUCUGUUCGGCGGCCCAGAAGUUUAAGUGUUUACACUGUUAGAGGACCUGUGAAAUCAGUCUUAUGAACACAUUGUUUACAUUUACAACUCUUAUGAAGUGUCAAAGGUUCAAAGCUGGUGACUGCUGCAGUUUUAUCAGAUAUGGAACAAGAAGAGACUGCAACUUUGCUAACAGCCCUCUAUACAAGAACGGCCAUGGGUUUUUUCUUUUUAUAUGCACCAUUUUCUCGUAAAAACAACUUAUUAUCUCGCUCUUUCGAUAAAACAAAGUUCGUUUCCCUGUGAUGAUAAAUUGUUUUGCAGACCUAAAAUGGUAACUUUUAAAAACAAGUGGGAUAUUUCUGAAAACCCUGCUGUUCACAGCAAGCUGGGUUUUCAAUGAAAAUGCCGACGUCACACUCCACACAUGCAAAUUACACUUUCAUUGUGGGAGCAUUUAACUGCCUUGUGCAAAAUUGGAUUACAACAGGCGGACACAUUAUUAAUUAAUUUGUCAUCACGAGAAAACAAACUUUGUUAUAUCGAGAUAAUGAGAUAAUAAGUCGUUAUCAUGAGAUAACAGUGCAUAAGAAAAAGAAAAGCCCAUGGCCGUUCUCAUCUUCGGUACAUCUUAGCUAUCUGGUUUGAUUUCUGUUUUCAGGUUCAUCAACAAAGCAGGUCCACAGGUUAGAGACAGCCUCACGUGUGUGGACAACUUCUCUGCCUGUGGUGAAAGGUUUGUGUUUUUUAAGCCUCCUGAGCUCUGGCUACAUUCCUGUAUUUGUGUAGAUAGAGUGUGGUAAAUAUGAGUCAGUAAAGUAUAUUCAUUGCGAAAAAAAUAAGAACAGGAUGUUCAAAAAAACACUGGGGAAAUUUCCCAGUAGCCUAAGCCUGUAGUUACAUAAAAAGGGACUGGCCUAAAGUACCUGAUCCAGCCCUCACUCUCAGCUUUAACAACAACAAAGACAGUUUAAGCCAAUUUUGUGUCCGAAGAAGAGCCUGGUUAUUGAUUCAUAAAAAUAACAUAUCUGUACAGCUGCUUGAGGAAACAGUGUCUUGCCUGAUAAGUGUCUUGGUGUCCAGUUUGUGAUCCUUUGACAGUCCUUGACAGUUUCUGUCUCUGAAGGCAACUCCACCCAGUCCCUCAGAGAGAGCCUGCCAAUUUAGCCCAGUCCAGGGAAACAGGUCUGCAGGCCAGCUCAGCACCAACACACAACUCACAGAGAUGCACCACAUCGUCUGGCGUUCACUCCCAGGGUGAGACUGAGAAGAAAUUGUACAACAGUGGUGUAUUUAAGACAGUUUUCACUCCGUGUUGCUCUGCUUCUCUGAUGCGUGAGAGAGCUAAGUUUUAACCUGUUCAUUCUCACAGACACAGACAUUGUUUUUACUACAAUCUUUACCUCUAAAGGAACAGUGAGACAUUUUGUGAAACAUUUUGCCCUCCUUCUAGCUUAAUGCAUUUAUAAGAAGAGGCAGUACUUCCACUUUCAACCAUUUAAUAUACAGCUAAAGCUGGAUGCUAGUUGCGUCAUAAAGUCUAAGAUAAGAAGGAUAAGAAAAGUUGUGGUUUCAAAAAAGUUCCUGACCUGAGGCGGUAACCUUCUGCUUUCUGCGAAAAAACUUUUGUAAUUGGGAGCUGGAAGGCAACUAGGGCCUCAGGAAGUCACUACACUUUACAAAGAAAAAGCCCUGCAUACUGAGCAACAUAUUUUAAACCACAGCUGAGCUUUACCAAUUCUGUGGGUUGUGUAAAAGUUGUGUACAGCAGGCUUCCCUUUUUUCACUUGCUGUGCUGAACCGUACUCCCCUGCUACUGGUGCUAUAAUCAACGGUUAGAUUUCAGAAGGGUCUUCAACUUUUGCCAAGAAAACAAAAGUAAACAAGAGAACAUUAAACACUUUUCUAAUCUUGAUUUUCUGUCAGAGAGCCAGCCGAUGAAAGAGCCUAUACACACCAGUAUUUCUCUACCCAAGAUCCCAGGUAACAUCAAUAUGUGAAAUAAUACAUAGUUAAAAUAUGUUACACGUUGCAUGAAAUAUUAUCUUUAUCCAUACUGAUUUUAUUCUCCAGAGGAAGAGUGGAACAAGCUGCUGGAACUCUCCCCUCUGUUUCAUCUGUUAAAGGGUGUAGAACAGCAGCUGAAGAGCUGGGCCAGAGGGGCAAAGCUGUUCAGAGGAGAGCUCAGUGGUAAUGUAUUGAUUCCAAUUUUGUUGAACAUUUACUUUAAAACUGAUUUCCUACACUUAGGGUCUUCAAUCUGUAAGAUGCACUUGCAUUGCCUUUAUGUUUUAUCCAGUCUUAAAGGGAUAUUCCACCGUAAAAUUACGUUAGGGUCAAAAACAUGGUAACACCGGGUUAGACACCCCCGUCAAGAGAUGAAUGUUGCUGACUGCUUGCUUUUCUAGUUAUACCAACUUUAGUAACGACCGAACAAUAGCAAUAAUGCUCAGGACAGCACCUAACUUCAUCAACAGUACAUAUAGGGUCUCAGCCACAGCACUAGCCACCAAACAUCUUUUUAACUUUGCCUAAUUUCUUUAGCAAAGAGACUAAACACAACUCACCUACUUUACUCCAGCAGCCGCUUAUUUGUACUGAGACCUCCGGGCGAGUCUGUCAACUGCAGCGGGGGGAUGCAGCUCAAGGAAGAACAUUUAUGGUCAUUAUGUUAUCAUUUCCUUGAAGUAAUAACCAUCAUAUUAAUCAUUUUGCUCUGCAGACACCGUAGUUCUUAUGCUUUCACGUCUCUGUCUGAUUGCGUUUCCAUGAGGAAAUGAUCAUAAAUGUUCUUCCUUGAGCUGCGUCACCCCGCUGCAGUCCAUAAUGGACUGGCCUGAGGUCUCGCUACAAACAAGCAGCUGCUGGAGGAGAGUGGGUGAGUUGUGUUUAGUCUCUUUGCUAAAGAAAUUAGGCAAAGUUAAAAAGAUGUUUGGUGGCUAGUGCUAUGGCUGAGACCCUAUAUGUACUGUUGAUGAAGUUAGGUGCUGUUCUGAGCAUUAUUUGUGGCUAUAGAGUGGCUUUUUGGUUGAGUGCGUGGCUCUCUGUAUUGCUAUCUGCGGCUGUUAAUUUUACGCAGGAAUAUCCCUUUAACAUCUAAAGAGCCUUGAUAAAAACCUGAUAGAUGACACUUUAAUGAAACUCAGUCACUCGGGCAUUUGUUGGUUUGUUUGGCUUCAGAGGCUCAGGAUAGUAUUAAAAUAAUCUCUUUCGAUUGGUCCCGUGCCUCUGUGACGUAUAUUUCAUCCAAAUUCUGAUUCUGUGUUUUGUGCAGACAGAAGCCAGAGUUUUGUUGACAUCCUUGAAGCUCAGUGGGAGUGCGAGGGAGAGCUGAUUCCUCUGGAUUCGUCAGCCCUUAACCCAAGAGAGUUCCUUGUCUACCAACACGGACUUUAUCUGAUGCACACGUUGCAUAAUUUAAAACUGGUUGGUGCCAAAUUUUUACUCCUACUCUCAACCCCGCCGCUUGCCUGUUUUUUAAAUUGCUCUCACAGCUGGAUUUUAGGGCUUUGAGUGACAUGGCCCUGAGCUAUCUUUUUCAUUUUUAUAUUUUACUUGUGAGUCUAUGUGCAGCAUGAAUUACAGAAUAACUUCCAACUCAUUUUCAGUUUCAUGCCUCACACUGGCCCAACUUAGAUCACAAUCUUUUGUUGUAGCAAUAUUAGGGUUUUGACGAGGAUGAAAAGAAAAAAAUGUAUGUAUAGCCCGUGACUGAGGGUGAGCAAAGUAAUCAAAACUAUCAACAGACUCCUCCUCAUUUGCACAAUUCCUAACUUCUGGUUUAGGGUUCUGCUUCUGAGCUGCUGCCUCUUUAAUCAGUUCCUGAAUAGACUGUGCUCUCCCUUUCACACUUUCUCCAGUUUCCCUGGACUCAAAAAAAAAAACACAUUUUGACUUAACCAAUUAAAAUACUUUCAAUUGCAAAAUACGCAGGCUGAUUUCAUAUUACUUUCAUCCUAUUCCCCUUUUAAUUGUGGGUUUUGUGUAUCAUACUUGAAAUGACAAAAAAUAUUACGGGUCUCUAAUAUUGUUUGGACAAAGACAGUGGUUAUAUUGGAACUAAUGCUUGCUUGUUCACUCACUCUGUUACAACAGCUCACCUGUUUUGGCCAUACUGACAAGUGAAAUCCUCCCGUCUCUGUUGGCUCCUGGCUCAGCUUCUGACACUCACUACACUAAAACAAAAAACUUAUCGGACUUCUUUCACUAUCGGACACAUAAACAUAACAAACGUAGAAGCCUCAUUGGCUGACGCUGCCUAAUGGAGCUCAUGUAUCAGCAUGUCCGCCAUCUUGGACGGAUCUGACGGGUAUGGGAUGCCCUCCUCACUCCACCGGAAAACGGAGAGAUUCAUUGCCAUAGCAACAUAAAGACGCGUCCUGUGCAAGGCAGCAUUUAUUUUCUUAGACUGGGUCUGAAAUGAAUCACUCAAUCCCCAACCCCUAACCCCCGUAUGGGGUUUCACUAUAUAGCUGACUAUGUAGUGAACUCAAUCACCAGAGGUUUCGGACACUACAUGGCAAGCCGCAAUGCAUGACGGGAUGCCCACCACAUCGGAUGGUCACUACAUUUUGCAAUGCUCCAUGGGAAAUUUUGUGUGUGUGUGGCAUUGGAAUUGAUCACUCAGGUUUUGGACACCCCUCAAAAUGGUGCUAACCCUCACAAAGUCGCCUAUACAGGGGUUAGGGAUCAAUUUCGGACACAGCCUUAGUAAAUGGACAUUGUGUACAGUUCUGAGCCGCAUGGCUGCCUCGUUUCUUCUGCGCCUCCGAGUGUGUAGUAGCUGAGCAGAUAAGGAAAUAAUCGUUCACUUUGUUAUACAAGCAUGAAAUUUGGUACAUAUACUCUUCAAACCCCACUUUUUUCAAAAAUAACGUUAGCCACGCAAAAUUCCAAGAUGGCGGCCCCAAAAUCCAAGAUGUCCGCCCCAAAAUGUGUUUUUUCCUUUAUAACUCAAAAUGACUUGAUUUUAAGCCCCAUACAUAUAUUGAAGUUGAAUAUAAAGUUGGGUAUUGCAGACAUUUUGGUACCUAGUACAUCUCUGUAUCCAUUACGGUUCUUGAGAUACAGCAUAUAGAUACUUGGGAGAGUGAGACAUUUGUAACACCGAUUGUUGUUACGUGCAUUUGGUUAUAUGAAAAUAUAAUUUCCAUUAUCUGUUAUUUUCAUUAGGGUUAUAACAUUAAAUUCGAAAAACCAAGAUGGUGUCCAAGAUGGCUGCCAUUGCCUUGAAGUAAUCAUGAAUUCAGCAGAGAUGAAUCAUGAAUUCAGAAGAAUGAAACUUGUCAUAAAAGGUUAAAAAUUUGGCAUUUUGUGACAAUUACUAUAGGAGUACUAUAGGAGGCGGUUUGGGAUUGGGCCCUUGUCUCUCACACACGCUUUCCGCUGUCUUAUCCAAUCACAUAUGUGCUCGUGCCAUACACAUUCACCAACAGUCAGAAAACACAGAAUACCUCAACAGUGUGAUCAUUAGCCGACUGCAGGAUCGCUACCAUCACCGAUAUCAAUACCAUACUUUUUCUAUAUCUUAUCUCGUAAUUACGAGAUAAGGAGUCAGAGUUUUUUUUUUUUUCAUCUUCAGCGCUUCCAUAGAGGCGCCCCAGAAACACCCUGUGUCAUGACUGAAAACCAGCCGUGGCCCAAACAUCAGACUCCGGGCCUGCCCCUACCCACCCCUGUAUUGCUAAAACAUCCAAAACUUCACUUUGGCUUAGCUUAAGUGGACAUUUUUUUUGUUGAAAAGGAUUGACCUGUUUUUCAUUUUUCUAACAGACUCCAACCAUCUCUCUUCAGAUAGCAGCCAGCCUCCCCAACAACAACUACUACAACAACGCCUUCAGAAAUUCCUUCUUUUAUCAGGUAAACUUUAAGCUCUUUUCAGGUGAUUCCAGGUUUUAAACACAGAAUCAGCCACAGUGUUGGUAUCAGAUUCUAUGAUUGAUAGAAAGGAGCUUGAUUCUUAUUUUGUAUGAGUGAUUGGGAGUAUUUUGGAGAAGCUUGGUGUUACUAUUUCCUGGUAUGGUAAGGAGGUCUGGACACACCCUGGACAGAUUGCCAUUCAAUCAUGGAGCUGAAAUACAGAGACGGACGACUACUCAUCUCUGCUCUUACAACUUCAGGCACUUUGAGGAAAUGAGGAAAUAGGAAAUGCAGCUUAGAAGAAACAGCAAGAGAAUCAGGCAAAACCAUCUUCUAAGAAAACUUUCUCUGUUCCUUAUUAUCGUCCACUCAGGCCACAGCACGGCAGCAGCUUUCUAUGCUCACCUGCUGUUUAUAGCGAUCCCCAACACUGAUCGUGUAGAAGAAAGUCUCAGUAGAAGAAAACUUCAGAGAACAUCUUGUUCAGUGUUCAGACACAAAAGGCUCUGUUCUGCUCUGCCCACUCCUUCCGUGCUCACUGAGUGAAGAGGUCAGACUGUAAGAAACCUCGGAUCAGUAAAUCACGCACACAUCCCAUAGAUUUCCUGAGAGACAGAAAGUUCGUUUCAUGUUUACUUUUUUACUGUUUCAGAUUCCCUUACGGAUGCAAAAGCUUAAAACAUAUCAGAAAGAAGAAACCAGCUGCAGACUUGAGGCUUCAGUUUUAUAGGCUUUGAAGUAAGAGUAGAUAAAAUCUGAGGUACACUGCUUUUUCACAUCUACACUUUGUCUAAUCCUUUAAAUUCUUCAUCAAGUGUCUGACACCAGACGUUGUACUCCUUGUCUAUCCAUAGGAGGCCCAGUUUGCCUUUUAUCAGUAAAAUUUUCACAUGUAUGUGAACAGUUGUAAUGUGUCCCUGAGAACAACUCUGGUGGGCUUGUGAAUGAUGCCUCUGUUGACAGGAAGCAGAGGAGACACUCUUUAUCCGACGACAGAGGCUCCAGUCAGUUGGAGGCUUCUCUUUGUUGCUGCUCCACUGUCUGUCCCAUGUCAAAAUAAAAGACAUGAGCUCUGACUCCAGUCCUCACUUCCAGAGGCUUUUCUUUAAGGUAAAAAAAAAGAAAGUUUGUAAGGAUGAAAAAUUUUGUUGAAUUUCUUUGACUUCAGAUUUGGCUUCAUGGAAAUGUCUGUAAUGUUAUGCUUUUUAAUUAGAAAUUGCCUAUUCAUCUCAUUGAUUUUGCAGGCACUUCAGGCUGGUCUCGGGGAGCUGUUCCUCACCAGACUGGGUGAACCUCUUUCUGGUCAGGGGACAGAUUUUUGCGAGUUGUCUCACAACAAAGAGAUCACAUCAGGAGUCUUACAUGGGCCCUUUUCAGACUCUCAUGCUGCUUCACUGCUGCACAGACUUCACAAACCAAGCAGAGGACUGCUUUCUGAAGAUGUAAGAAUUCCUACAGCUAUGAUCAUUUGUCAUAGAUUUGUUCACAUUUCUGUGAACUUUUGUGGGUCAUUAUAGUCGUGUUUUGGCAAUAUUUUGCACGAAUGGCAGUGAACAAGUCGUGAGUUGAGGGACAACUAAAGCCACUGUGCGUGUCUUGUUUUUUUCCUCUUUGUCGUUGGUGGCGCAGGAAGUUGAAGAUCUACAGAAGAAACAUUGCGAAACAUCUCUGUUCGCGCACCUUGAAAGUCUUUUGGAAACCUCUGAAACUACAAAGAGAAACGAUGAGCAGACUGGGUAAACCAAGAGACUCCUCUGUAUUUCCUCUGUAUUGAUGUGAAAGUUCAAGUUAAAAUUAAACUUAAACAAAUUGAACUAAA